AUGUCUUUCACUAAUACGGAGUAUCAACAUUUUAUUCCCCAAUUCAUCUUGAAGAAUUACUCUUAUCCAUUCCAAUGUCCAAAGGCCGAGCACAAAGGAAGAAAAAAAUGCAAAUGCAAGCAUGAAAAGGACAAGUUUCCCGGCGACCUCGUCGUCAACUGUGUGGACCUAACUCCUCCUCAUUUUCAAUUGGAAACUUAUCCGCGAAAACGCAUAUUUGGAGCCCCCAAUAUGUACAACGAUCCAGCCAAAACUGCAUCGAAUGAACAACGCCGCAUCGAAACAAUGUUUGGUAAAAUGGAGUCACAAGCAAGCACCAUAUUUCGCCGCAUUGUCAAAAACCAUGAAGCCGGUGACGCAGCUGUGACCCUGACAAGAAUUGAGAGAGAUUUGCUCCGCAAGUUUCUAUUUCUAUUGAAGUAUCGCGGCUCUGGGUUUCACCAACGCUUCUACCAUGAUAAGCCUGAGGAUUACUGUUCCAAUGAUCGAGAGCUACUUCUUGAAUAUAUGAAGGAGCACCACUUCUCCACACCGAGGGAUGUGUGGUAUCAUAAUCUGGAAACAAUCAUGAACUUGGAAAUGGACCCUGAACGCAAAUGGACCAGAGAACUCCCAUGCAAAAUGUUUUCUGACGACGCGUAUUGGUUUAUUAUGCAUUGCGAAAUGUAUUAUAUGGCCAUAUGUACCCCUUCAGAGGUGACAGAUGAGUUUAUCCUGACAGAUAAUUGUUACAAUGUUUUUGAGGGUCCUAGUACUUUCAGCAGGGAUGCCACAGGCAAGAUGAUAGCCGGUUAUCAUGCCGGAUAUCACGAAUUUGCACCCAUAUCACCGCGUCUGAUAAUCGUCUUACGGUGUCUUGCACUACCAAAUCCUGAGGAAGACUACGAUUGGGAAAUUAACCAGGCGCGUAAUGAUGCCCUCUGGUCAUCGUUCCAGCGUGUUUACGGUGAGGACACGAAAUCAAUGCUGGAAGAUCUGCCAAUAAAGAAGUGCAGGAACAAUUACUCUGAAAUUAUCAAUGGGGAGGCUCAUGCUGUUGCGGGAUAUGAUGGGAAAUUUCGGCCAACCGAUAAGUUUCAUUUUACAUAUCAUCCCAUCAAAAAUGGCCAUGUGAACACCAUAAACAACAUUUUUUUGGAUAAUGCACACGGAUUCAGCACAAUCGCUUACCGAAACAAAGAAAACAUCAAACAAAUACUGGAGUCCUAUGUGAGUGGACCAUGCGACUCACACAAGAUUGUGGGUGGCGAUGAUCCGGACAGUCGAUACUCGUUUAUGCGAGGGUUAGAGACUCUUGCCAAGCACCUAGGGUCUCAAAAGCCCCUUGUAUGGAGAACUAUGAAAAUGGUUCCGACGAUUUCUAUGCGGCCAUCAACGGAUAAGCAACUAGAAUUUCGAAGAGUGAUGCAGAGGUUGAAGAAAGGUCUUUCUCAUGAUAAUCCAGUGGCUAUCUUUUUUGAACUAUACAUGAAGCUUGGUGGGAAAGCACUAUUUAAUCGAGACGUUCCCCAAGCCGGGAAAAUGGUUCAUUUCCAAAGUGUGAUCGAAUCACUGAGUGUUGGUUGCAGUGAAAUGACCCAAAUGCGAAAUAGGUCAAUCAUCUCCACUAUGUUUAUGGCCUCGUAUUGCUCACGGUACUGGCUUUAUCUGAAGUUGCUUAGGAAAGAGCAAUUCGGAUAUCGUGAUGCAACACAAGAUGAGGUUGACCUUCUUGUGAUUGAGGAAGUAAGAGAAGGCCCAGAAGAUAUAUUUGCUCAGAGUAAGCAUCCUAUUGCUGGCCUAAAUACUUCAAUCCGUGGACGUUGA